GUACGAGAUUACAAUGCCUGAAAAAGUUGCAUCUGGUCUACUUUCUGAGAGAGAAGCAAAGCGUUGAGACUGGGGUCGGGAAAGGUGACCAACCCAGCCGUUGCCAUGGCACAAGUUGAGGAUUGGAGCCCUGUAUCUUGAGGGAACAAGCCAAUUGUACUGUAGCCCUUUCGUGUCUUAGUACUGCCGGUACAAAAGACCACCGCAGCGCUGACAAGUGAUGCUCUUCCUGGCUAUCCACUUUUCCUCUUGUCUUUCAGCUUGUUGAGGGAUACAUCGCUCUCUUGUUCUCCCACGAUUCCCUCUUUAUGAACCUUCAGUAGGUCUAAAAAGCCUUCCGAAUGUGGCAGCACCAAAUUAGUCUCUAAUUCCUCUGCUAGCUCUAGCUGCAAUAUUCUCACUGAGCCAGAUGCCUUGUCGCUAGUGCCUUCUUUGCCUCUUUCACUAGCUAUGUGCUGUGCUUCCCAAGUGUGUGUCGCAAGGCAUAUUUUUAGCUUUGUUGCUGCGCUUUAUCUUCACCACGAUCUCCUGAGCUUUGGAACAUGUGAGAGCUUGGACCAAGUGGUCGCUAAAACUAUAUCCCUUCUUCAACAGCAUUUACGAGUGAUUUGAAAAUAAGUAGGGAUAAUGUUUGGACAGACUUUGCAAUACUGCGGCUUCGGCCAGCAAUAGUCCGAAUGCCUCCAUCUCUUGUUGUGAAAGGGGCGUCUGUUUUCCUCUUUCCUGAAUUUAGUGAAUGGCCUGACGCAUGUUUUCUUGGAUUCUUGACGUGCGGCAAAUUCAUCUGCUAGCACUGCACCACAUUCCAAGCUUUUUUGCCUGACCUAUCUUGAAUCCACGGGCACAUCUCUUCGCUCAAGGACCCAUAGAACUGCUCCAUGCAGAUUAGCUCAACAACCUUGAUGUGGCAACCAAAGGCAUCUUCCUCUUUUAACCACUCAAUUAAAUUGGCUUUUAGCUUAUAAGUGAAUCUAUCGUCUCGUGUUAGCCUUGCAAUUUUUUUUGUUGCUUCGCCAGAAAGAAUGGUCAGAAUCUGUUGUCGCCAACUCUCAAGUGCCAACCCAUUUUUCUCGCAGGUUCGUUCAAAAGCAACGAGAAACAAUUUCAUGGCAUCAUUCACCUUGUACAAUGACAUGAGAUCCAUUGUUUUUACUCCUGCUUCACCUGACAGUCUUUCGUUUAUUGAGAGUUUCAGUUCAGUUGUUUUAUUCCUUAAAGGCCCUUCUUUUAGGCGGUAUUACAUAAGGGGUGGGAUUUUAUUUAGAUUAACAAACAAGCAGUAAAGAUUGCUUUAGUAUUGAAGGUGAUCACUAACGUGGUCUUCAAAAGUAAGUUCGAGAGUUCUUUUAGUAAGUUAUAAAUGGGGAUUAUACGUACAUACAGAGGGAGGUCCCAUAGUCAACAGACUGUCCAGAGGACCUCCCAUUAGAAAUUAGUAGGAUAUUUUAACAACACCUGCAGACGGGCUAGAUGGUGCAUUGCAGAAAUAAGCGCACAGAAAGACGCACACAAACAGCCGAGAAAGACACAGGACAGGCGCUAACUCGUAUCUAUUUUAUUUGCAGCCACGCCAGCAAAUAUAUGCGGAAAGGAUGACAUGCGUAGUGCAUAACAACACUGAAAAAACAUUGACAAGGUAACCCAAAUCAUUAAAAUUACAACACACAUUCAAGAAACUCGGAUUUCUGCCCUGAAGAGCUUCACAGAUGUAUCGCUCACACAUUUAUCUCCCCUUUUCCCAAUAUAAAAGGCUUCCAAUAGUUCACGCGUAGUCUUAUCACGACUUUUGCCUAGGAUUCUUAUGUCACUCAGUUGCGGUUCACACGGUAUGCAGUUGGCGCAAUGAUCAGCCAAAUUUGUCCCACCUCCCCUAAUAGCCCUCAAAUGAUCCCCUGCCUGGUCAUUAAUGCAGCGCCCACUCUGGCCUAUGUAAGCCAUCCCACAGGUAAACAGGAUCUCGUACACGACCCCCGUACAGCAGUUAAACUGCUUGGAAUAAUUUUUUCUGCAUCCGCUCAGAUUUCUAUCACGCAAAAUGCGUGAGCACAGUUGGACGAGCCUCUUCGGAGCAGAAAACGCCACGGGCACGCCAUGUCGGUUCGCCACUUUCUUCGCGUGGUGGGCCACCUUGUGAAAAUACGAAACCACAACAGGUUUAACCGGGUUCUUCUCCUGGACAGGCUCCUUCCCAAAUAUGGCUUGCUUGGUUUUUCGUAAAAGGGCUUCCAUCACAGACCCAAUGUCCGCUGUUAGGAAUGGCCGUACGGGGUGACAACGUGCCAGCUUUCAGCUCGCUGCACGUGUUCUAAUCCAACCAGACAGGGCGCACUUCAGAGAACUGCGAAUAACCGGCAGCCACGUGGCGCGGGGUCAGCUCAGGAAUGUGCUACCCUCCAGCGCCACCCUUGACGGAGCAGAGUUCUACGAAGCCCCUCUGAUGUCGGCUCCGGACCUUUACACCUGUGUGUGUGUGCAACACGAGUAUGUGAGCCCGCUUCCUCCAAAAGGGCGGGUCAUCUUCGGUGACGUCGAACGAUGACUGGACGAACGUUUCCUUUCGCUUGGAAUCAAGGGGGGGACAAGUGCUUAUAAGCAGCGGUUGUCGGCUGCGAGAGGGUGCUCGUCGUCGGGAGCUGAGUGCUCGUUGUCAUGCUCGAAAUGUACUCGUGAGCUGUGUGCUCGUAAGCUGUUUGCUGUAUGCGUCGUCUUGAGUGCUCCAUAUGGGAGUCACGCUAGACUGUCGAUGUACCUCAUGUUUUAAAUGUAAAUCCUGCAAAUAAAUCCUGCUCUCCUAAGUCCCAACGAAGAGUCAAGCUCCUUCCUACAGAUACGACUGCCAAAUCUUGCAACUGAAUGACAGCGGUGAGAUCGGCCUACGGCUCGUAAAUCGGCCUAUGACUCGGGAGACAGCAACGGCAACUGACGGACGUUGGCACAUGGUGACCGACCGGCAUCCUGAUCAAGUUGGAGGCGACUUGGGAUUGACCACCUCUUGCAACUGAUUGGAUACGGCGGGGAAGGACUGGUGAUAUGGUGCUGCUUCAGUGGGUAAGCGUUUGGUUUUGGCUGUAAGAUUUACCAGGCUUCAAUUUCUCUGUGUUUUUGGAUUUGAUUCGCUGGGGAUCUUUCACUUGCAUUUUGAUUUGCAUGGGUAUCACAACGAGUAUUGUGUGACAGCAGAGCCAAAGCUUAAAGUAGCGACCAUGGUCCUAAUGUGUUUGACGGGGGCUGACCUGUUGUGGUUGUGUGAAGAGCUCGAGGUAGACGUAGAGAAGGACUUGACGGAAGCAGAAAUUCGGAAAACCAUUCUCGCAAGUAGCAAUGAUUUGAAACUAAUCGAAAACCUAGGUAACCGAAUUCUAAGAAAAAGACAGGAACGGGAAUCAAUUAGGCAAGAACGCCAAGAGCGUGAGCAAAAACGCCAAGAACAUGAGCAAAAACGGCAACAGGUUGAAAAAGAAAUGGCAGCAGUGAGGAAACAGAUACAGGAUUUGCAGCAGUUAAAAGCAGGAAAUCAACAGCGGCUUGAGAAAUCUGUAGGCUGGACGCAGCGAAAGUGGGAAGAAGCAGAUAGCAGAUUUCAGUCGAAAGCCGAGGAAAGUAGUAGUACCUGUGAGAGUAGCACCACGUUCACAGGUGAACUCGAAGUGCUAGCUGCUAACGAUGCCUUAGUGGCAGCAGAGGCCGUUAAAGGCCGGAGUGAGAGCGACGAGGUGCUGUGCCAACAGAAGACUGUAGAGACAGCUAGGCCAGCUGCGAACAAAUUGGCACAGUUACCGCACGUGUGCGUCGCUUGUAAUGUUAGCGAGGUUGCUAGCAAAGUAAAGAGUACUGCUGACCCGAUAGACACGAGCACCCAUGUCAAGUCAGAUCUCCGUGCCGAAGAGAAGUGCCAGCUGGAUGAUGCAGUUGAGAGUAGUUCUCGGGAUGGCGAGCUCCGUAGCUCACGAGAGAACAACUGCAUUGUUCAGGGAUCGGUGCGGCUCUCCGCCAGUCUAGUUAGCCAAGAGAGGGGUGAUUUAGUUAAUCACUCAGACUGUGCGGGUAAGAGACCGAUCCGGCCCGAGGGGAUGUGUAACGGCCAGCACAAGGCGCGAGAUGACGGCAUGAAAGAGAGUUCGAGGAGAAAGCGCCGCAGAAAGAAGCGCCGAAAAGAUCGGAAUGCGGUGGCUAAUGUCGCGAAGCCAAAGACGGCGACAGGCGCGAAAAGUCAGGGCGCGGAGAAAAGAAAGGUGCGGUCGUCGUUGACGACGUGGGUGCAUCAAAAACGUUCGGGCCACCGGUCAAAAAGUGACCGAGAAGCAUGUUCUGCACGGACGUGGACACAGGGCACGGGGCAGCUACGUUCCUUGUUGGUCCGUCGUUCUUUCCGAAGUUCAGCGUGUAGUACAAAGAAGCGCAAAGUGGCAGGACGAGACGAAGUGAUAGGGAGUAGCGACGCAGUUAAUCGAGUUCGUGUUGAAAGUGGGGUGCCAGGACGCAAAUUGGCAGGAGACUGUAACGUCUUGGAGGAGCUGAUAGUGAGUCGGCCCUUUUGUUGUUCCUUGGUAGCCAGAGUAGCUUUCGGACCGCGACCACCUCGAGUACGGCUCAAAUAGUAUGAGUCAGUUGUAAACUUUUGAAAAAGAGAGGCCAAGAGAGCUUUUGUAGAAGGAAAAGAAUGCUGUUUUGUUUUAUUUUUGAGCAUUUGGAAAAUAUCGCGAUUUAAGACUACAGUUUCUUUCAGUAUGUAAGGUAUGAGCUUUGUUUAUGUUUUGUUUAAGAAGCUCCGAGAGUUGAGACGCGUUUUAAGUAAACCUGUAGUUUAGCGAGUUGUUAGUUAAUGAGUAAAUAGGCUUUCUUUAUUUUUGUGUGCAGGUAACCUGAGUGUCAAGGUUAUCGUUGAGAGGCCUAUGGUAACGCGUGUGUUUUAGUUAACUUUCUUUUUUUUAUGUGUUUUUUAUUUUCUAAGGUUAAGCGCGUAGAUUUUCAGUUAGUGCAUCAUUUGCACUGAGAAGAGCUCUCAGGUCCAUUAGCGCGUGUCCUGUGCGGAAGCAGAAGGUUUAUGACUGGGUUGCUCGUGUGUGUUGAGGGCAGCCGUAUUCUGACUUCUCUGGUUAGCGUGCCUGGAACUAGUUAUUAGAGGACGCAUUAUUUUAAGGGUUCUGCGGAGUGCUAAGUCCCGCAAGUUUAAUUGUUCGUUUAGGUUACGUGUCCUGUAGGGACUAAAGGAACAAAUGUAAGCGUAAUGAAAUGCUUACGUAUGACGCAAGUGCGCGUUCUGAAAAGGGACCACAAAGCUAGCGCGAUUGUGAUUACGUACCUGUGGAGUUGGCCAGACGGUUCAGUGGCAACAGUACAUGAGAUAGGUACGCUACUGUGAUAGGAUGAGAACAGGCUGUUCGUGAACUUAGGCUGCUUAAGUUAUGGUCGGGUAUUGAUAUUUGAGAGCCUUCGGUUCAGUUCUGCGUAAACCUUUGCUCUUGUGCAGCACGAUGGUCAGGUUUGGUCGAACUCAAGGGGAACGUGAACGCUCACUUUGGCGGCACAAAAUUUUGGGGCAAAAUUUGGGGUUUCCCAGUUGAGUGACUUGCAUUGAAAUUGUGAUAGGAGGCCUGGUGGAUUAACGGCUGAUUCCGGGCGUUUGAACGCUGAGCGGUAUUGUGUUGCCGGGUCGACUCUUCUGUGCCAGUUGUUGUGAGAUGGUUGAAGGCAUUCCAAGUACGCAGGGGUUGCAGAGAGCAAAGCCAUCGUCUUGCUCGCCAGCCAUUCUCUUCCUGCCCAGUGGUUGCCAGCACUGGCCAGGCGAGAUUUUCCGGGCCAUGGAGGAGCUGUUAGGAAUGGCCGUACGGGGUGGCAACGUGCCAGCUAUUUCAGCCCGCUGCACGUGUUCCAAUCCAACCAGACGGGGCGCACUUCAGAGAACUACGGAUAACCGGCAGCCACGUGGCGCGGGGUCAGCUCAGGAAUGUGGUACCCGGCCGCGCCACCCGGGACGGAGCAGUGUUCUCCGAAGCCCCUCUGACGUCGGCUCCGUACCUUUACACCUGUGUGUGUGUGCAACACGAGUAUGUGAGCCCGCCUCCUCCAAAAGGGCGGGUCAUCUUCAAUGACGUUGAAAGGUGACGUCGUACGAUGACUGGACGAACGUUUCCGUUCGCUUGGAAUCAAGGGGGGGACAAGUGCUUAUAAGCAGCGGUUGUCGGCUGCGAGAGUGUGCUCGUCGUCGUGAGCUGUGUGCUCGUUGUCAUGCUCGAAAUGUACUCGUGAGCUGUGUGCUCGUAAGCUGUUUGCUGUAUGUUAGUCUUGCGGGCACUAUUUGGGAGUCACGCUAAACUGGCGAUGUAUGUCUUGUUUUAAAUGUAAAUCCUGAAAAUAAAUACUGCU